ACUCUCAAGAGUCUUCUCCAACACCACAGUUCAAAAACAUCAAUUUUUUGGUGAUUAGCCUUCUUUUUGGUCCAUCCCUUACAUCCAUACAUGACUACUUUCCCAUUUUGUCACAAAGAACACGAAAAUGACCUGUAUGCAAGGGUCAAGAUUUCAUAAAAGUAGUAAUCCCUACUACUGGUCAUUUCAUUAAGGAUAUAUGUAAACACUUUUGUUUUUAACUGCUACUGUGUGGUGAAGAGCCGCUGCCUCGUUGAGUGAUAAGGCUCCAGCAGUUUCCCCACAAUUGCUUUUGCACCAACAAUGCAAAUGUCAGCACAGUGAAAACGACAAUGUCUUUGUGUUCUUCUAAAAAUAGCUGUGACCUUUGAGAAGGUUUCAGGGACUCCCAGGAGACCACGAAUCACACUUUGAGAACCACUAUAAAGAUGCUUUUGUGCCUUCCUCCUACCCCAUCAGCCCCCACCCCACAGCCUUGCAGUUUUCAGGCAGAUGUCAACAUUUCUCUGUCCAUGGCUCCUUAGUAAUACAGUCUGGAGUAGCUCUGCGAGUUUGGUGACAUCGUCAUGAUUCUAGGCGGCAGGGGGACAUGCAUUUAAGUUUUCAGCUCCCGACAGCGUGCUGCGGGUCCCCAUUGAGAUGCUGAAGCCCACCUUUCCUCCUGUUCGGCGACGUUGUCUCCUGCUUAGCUCUAGGCAGAGUUUAAAUGCCUUCCCUGGUCCCCCUGGUAGGACACGGUUUCGUUUGUACUUAUAGCGUUUAAUAUAUUGUCGGCUUGCAUGCUAAGUUAUUUUCUAAAAACUGGUCAGUUCCUUAAUGACGUCUUUCGGUGCCAAACGAGUUGCUGUUGCCUUUUCGUGCCUGCAUGUUGUCCAGUAACAGAGAGGGUGUUUUGUAAACAUUUGUUUCAGUGAAACGAAAUCAAAACUGAAAGCCAACAAAGUCUAACAAGUGUACGGUAGUCACACAUUUCCUGACUGCAAGCGUUGGCACGAUCAAAAGUAGAGAACUUGGUCUGCUGCUGUGUUUUUUGUUUUUUUUUUUUUUUUAAUUCCUAGUUCACUUCAGGUUCUGGGGCCCCAAUAUUCAACACCGAUUCAAACCGGGGCUGGAGUUCGGAGCGUCGGGGUACUGCGUGUUCCGGCCGUGUGUGUACAUUGCUAAAACCUUGGCAGGAGAGCGGUCGCCAGGAGCCUGCAGGCGGGGUCGGCUGCGAGCGGGCCAGCUGGGCUGCGUCGGCGCUCGGGGCUCGGCGCCCCCGCCCGGCGCAGCCUCGGGCUAGCCGGGCCGAGCGCCCUGCCCUUUUAAGGAGUCGGGCCGUACCACCAGAACUUUGUGGGCGGGGGUGUCCGGGCGAACUCAGACACCUCGAGGUGAGCCCAAGGACGGUUUUCUUUACCCUGCUAACGCGGGCCGGCGUGCCAGCGCCGCUUGGCGGGAGCUGCGCUUUGGUGGGCUCGGCGCCGAGGGAGCCCUCGCGGCGUCCCUUCCUUCGGAGUCGCCCGCAGGGAUCGCGGUCGCUGUCGGCUUCGGACGCGACGCUCCCCCGGCCGGUCCGGAGUGGAGCGCGCCUGCAGAGGCCCCAGUGCCCGGAUGUCUAUCAGGAUUAGCGCGAGCCAAUACUCUCGGAGCCGGAGGCUGCGCUGAGGACGCCCGGGCUCGAGGAGCAGGUAGUCCCGUCACCUCGGGGAGUCGCGCUGGGGAAUCGUCCCCGCCCGGCCCCGGCAAAUGGUGAGCGCGGCUCCGGCAGGAGGGCCGCGGCUUGGAGGCGCUGAUGGACAGCAGACCUUGAGCUCUACAGACUGAAUUAUGGCAGCCCAGUCAAGCAGCUUGUACAAUGAAGACAGAAACCUGCUUCGAAUUAGAGAGAAGGAAAGACGCAACCAGGAAGCUCACCAAGAUAAAGAGGCAUUUUCUGAAAAGAUCCCCCUUUUUGGAGAGCCAUACAAGACAGAGAAAGGUGAUGAGCUAUCCAGUCGGAUACAGAACAUGUUGGGAAACUAUGAAGAGAUGAAGGAGUUCCUUAGUAGCAAGUCCCACCCCCAGCGCUUGGAUGCUUCCGAAAAUAGGCUGGGGAAGCCGAGAUACCCUUUAUUUCCUGAGAAGGGGAGCAGCAUUCCACCCCACUCCUUCCACACCAGUGUCCACCACCAGCCCGUUAACACUCCUGCCUGUGGACCACAUCCUGCUGGUAACAUCGGCCACCACCCAAAGAUGGCGCAGCCAAGAAUGGAACCAAUGCCAAGUCUCCACGCCAAAAGCUAUGGCCCACCAGACAGCCAGCACCUGACCCAAGAGCGCCUCGGUCAGGAGGGGUACGGCUCUAGUCAUCACAAAAAGGGUGACCGCAGGGCUGAUGGAGACCACUGUGCUUUGACGACAGACUCCGCUCCGGAGAGGGAACUUUCGCCUCUGUUCUCUUUGCCUUCCCCAGUCCCCCCUUUGUCACCUGUACAUUCCAACCAGCAGACUGCUCCCAGAACGCAAGGAAGCGGCAAAGUUCCCAGCAGUAGCAGUAGCAAUAAAGGCUACUGCCUGGCCAAGUCUCCCAAGGACCUAGCGGUAAAGGUGCACGAUAAAGAGACCCCUCAAGACAGCACAGUGGCAGUGGCCAGCCUUGGGGUAGCCCCUCCUCAGCCACCUUCUCAGACCUUCCCCCCGCCCUCCCUCCCCUCAAAAAGCCUUGCAAUGCAGCAGAAGCCCACGGCUUAUGUCCGGCCCAUGGACGGUCAAGACCAGGCUCCUAGCGAGUCUCCUGAACUGAAACCCCUGCCGGAGGAGUACCGGCAGCAGACCUUUGAGAAAUCAGACUUAAAAGUGCCUGCCAAAGCCAAGCUCACGAAGCUGAAAAUGCCUUCUCAGUCAGUCGAGCAGACCUACUCCAAUGAAGUCCAUUGUGUUGAAGAGAUUCUGAAGGAAAUGACCCACUCAUGGCCUCCUCCUUUGACAGCAAUACACACGCCUAGUACAGCUGAGCCCUCCAAAUUUCCUUUUCCCACAAAGGAUUCUCAGCAUAUCAGUUCUGCAGUCCCAAACCAAAAACAGUAUGAUACAUCUUCAAAAACUCACAGUAAUUCUCAGCAGGGAACAUCCAUGCUCAGAGAUGACCUUCAGCUCAGUGACAGUGAGGCCAGUGACAGCGAUCAAGUCCUUCUUCCCCUUACUGUGAAUGUCCAGACCUCAGAGAAGCCUCCUUUCGCACCUGCACCUCCAAGCGCUCCACCGGCGCUGCCAGCAGCCGCGGCCUCAGCACAUUCCAGCAGCGCCGAAUCUGAGAGCACCAGCGACUCCGACAGCUCCUCGGACUCAGAGAGCGAGAGCAGCUCCAGUGACAGCGAGGAGAACGAACCCCGAGAAGCCCCGGCUCCCGAGCCCGAGCCUCCGACAACCAACAAAUGGCAGCUGGACAACUGGCUGACCAAAGUCAGCCAGCCCGCGGUGCCCACCGAAGCCCCGGGUAGCACGGAGCCCCCGGCCCGACCCCCGGACACUAAGGGCAAGGGCGGCGACAGUGCCACCGCGGGUCACGAGCGCCCAGAGUCCAAAGAGCCUCCCCCCAAAGGCUCCAGCAAAGCCCCCCGGGUCCCUUCCGAAGGCCCCCAGCCGGGCAAGAGGAGCUGUCAGAAGUCCCCUGCCCAGCAGGAGCCCCCCCAGCGGCAAACCGUAGGAAGCAAACAACCCAAAAAGCCCAUCAAGGCUUCCGCCCCCGGGCGCGCGGAUGCGCCUGCAGAUGCGCGCGCCUGCCUGCAGGUGGAGAGCGAGCCCGGACUUCCUCCCCCGGCCUCCAAGGACCAGCCCUCCAAAGACAAGCCCAAGGUGAAGACGAAAGGGCGGCCCCGCGCCGCAGACAGCCGGGAGCCCAAGCCGGAGGUGCCCACCCCCAGCGACCGGAAGAAGCACCGCAGCGGCCCCCCGAAGGCGCCCCCGAAGGACGCGGCCGCAGAGGACCGGAGCCCCGAACACUUUGCGCUCGUUCCCCUGACGCAGAGCCAGGGCCCUGUCCGCGGUGGCAGCGGCGGCGCCGGCGCCAGGACUAGUGGCUGCAGGCUGGCUGUGGUGGUCCAGGAGGACCGCCGCAAAGACAAACCCCCGGUGCCUUCGAGAGACACCAAGCUGCUCUCCCCGCUCAGGGACGCUCCGCCGCCACAAAGCUUGGUGGUGAAGAUCACACUCGACCUCCUGUCUCGGAUACCCCAGCCCCCAGGGAAGGGCAGCCGCCCCAAGAAACCAGAAGACAAACAGCCACCAGCAGGGAAGAAGCCAGAUCCUGAGAAGAGAAGCUCAGAAAACUCCAGCAAGUUGGCCAAAAAGAGAAAGGGUGAAGCAGAAAAAGACCACGAUAGCAAGAAAGUCAGGCUGGAGAAGGAAGUCAAGUCACAGCCGUCGUCUUCCUCUUCCCACAAGGAAUCUUCCAAAUCAAAGAUGUCCAGGCCUUCCUCUGAGCCCUCAAAGAAGGAAAUGCUUCCCCCUUCACUCGUGUCAUCCUCAUCCUCCCAGAAACCAGCCAAGCCUGCACAGAAGAGGCCACGGCAGGAAGACCCCGGCUGCCAGGACCCCCCAAAAAGUGCCGGUAGUGCCAAGGGCAGCCACAGAGACCCUUCUGCCUCCAAACACAGAAAAGCAGAGGGGAAGGUCUCUGGAAGCUCCACAGAGCACAAAGGAUCUUCUGGAGAUACUGCAAACCGUUUUCCAGUGCCUUCUUUGCCAAAUGGUAACUCCAAACCAGGGAAGCCUCACGUGAAGUUUGACAAACAACAAGCCGAUUUUCACCUGAAGGAAGCCAAAAGGUUGAAGGACAAAGCAGAAUUAGUGACGGACAAGGUAGGGAAGGCCUUUAAAUACCUGGAGGCUGCCUUGUCCUUCAUUGAGUGUGGCGUCGCCCUGGAGUCGGAGAGCCCCGCGUCCAAGUCGGCGUACUCCAUCUACUCGGAGACCGUGGACCUCAUUAAGUUCAUACUGUCAUUAAAAUCCUUCUCGGAUGCCACAACGCCAACACAGGAGAAGAUAUUUGCUGUUCUAUGCAUGCGUUGCCAGUCCAUUUUGAACAUGGCAAUGUUUCGUUGUAAAAAAGAUAUGGCAAUAAAGUAUUCCCGCACGCUUAACGAACACUUCUUCAAGACUUCUUCCAAGGUUGCCCAGGCACCUUCUCCAUGCAUCGCAAGAAGCACAGGCACACCGUCCCCCCUCUCUCCGAUCCCUUCUCCGGCCAGCUCCAUAGGGUCCCAGUCAAGCGCUGGCAGCGUGGGGAGCGGGGCGCUGCCCGCCACCAUCAGCACCCCCGUCACCAUCCAGAACAUGACAUCCUCCUAUGUCAGCAUCACUUCCCACGUCCUUACCGCCUUUGACCUGUGGGAACAGGCUGAGGUCCUUACCAGGAAGAACAAAGAAUUCUUUGCUCAGCUCAGCACAAGUGUGUGCACGCUGGCCCUCAACAGCAGUUUGAUGGAUCUGGUGCAUUAUACAAGACAGGGUUUCCAGCGGCUAAAACAAGUAACCAAGACACCUUAACGGAGGCCCAAGUGGAUUCGAUGCCUUGGGAACUAUUUUGCACAUUGGAAGCCUCAAAACAGUCCAGACAUUUGUCUCUUUAGAACACCAAACUCAAGAGAAGCACCAUGAGACGGCCAGGACGUUUGCUCACUGAAACUCGAGGACUAUGUAAUCGUUGGUUGGACAGGAUGGUUUUGCAGAAGCAGAGAGGAAGGAGGCUGGCCUGAGAGAUGCUCUUGCCUUUCCUAACUAAAGGAUGGAAGUGCAAUGUAGCCUGAGUGGGCAUAUUCUUGGUCUAGAAACAUUUCCAUAAUUUUUUUAACCAGCAGGAUGCGAAUGAAAUGAGGAGAAGCAAUUUCAACUCUGAAAUCAAAUUCACAUCAUCUCAGUAGCCACAUUAGUUCAUUCCCAGAAGAAAAAAAAAUUUUUUUUUAAACGAGUGAGUUGUGGUAUAGGGUUUUGUGGGUAAUUUGUUUUUUUAAGUUGUGGGGGGAGUAUUUGUUUAAUAAAUUCUAAUGGUCAUCUAUAAAACAUGAGUUGUGGAGGACUCCGCUAUACCUCCUUUCUGCCAGUGAACAGUGGCUCUGAUGAUACCAGGUAUUGUCCUAAUAUACAAAGUAGGAAGCACCCCCCGUUGCCUGGACACUGCCGGUGCAGCCCGGCUCCGAGUUCUCCGCUCCUGUGCUGGAAGGCGGCCCUGAGGGAGCUACAGCAUCUGCAUCUCUGCCCGCAUCUCCGCCUCCAUCACCACCCGCAUCUCCACGUGCCGCGUGCUGCGGAGGGCCUGGUGCCGCCGUUCCCACCCCCUGCUCCAGCGAAAGGCAGUCACAUUGACUGUAUUCUGCAUUUUCUACUUUGGGGAAGAAGGGAACCAGCACUUACCCAUGACCAGAGGGUUGAAAUGCUUCUUAAUUUUUGUGAAGUAGAGCUGGAUUUUGAGGUGCUGCUCUGUGGCCUAGUUAUGUGGAAACUUACGUUGUCUAACCGACUCAGAGUUUUGUCAGCGAACAAAGAAAAAGGAAAUCUACUUCUUAGAAAGGCUAUAUUUUUCUGCUACGAAUUACUUUAUAUUUAUAGCAAAACUAGACUUUGAGAGCCCUUGAUUGUCUUUGUCUAGGCGAAAUUAACUCCCUGAGAGGCUGUGGAGAUUUGGGGUAGUUAAUUAGACUUAAAAAAAAUAAUAAUAAUAAAGUCACCGCAUGCCUUCACUCCAGAGUGCACACUGUCAACUGGAUUUGAUUAGAUUGAAGAGGAUCUGUGGCCUUCCUGUAAGUUGUUUUUGUCAGAUUCUAUACAUUAAGCCACGUUUAUUUUGAAUGACCUGAAAGUAGGGGGGAAAAAGAACAACAAAAAUAAGAAACCCCAGAAAUUCCCACAUAUCCAUAAGCACAGAUUUUUUUUUUUCAUUGAAACUUUGAGGGUUAUUAUUGGAAGCAUUAUUAUGAAUGUAGUAUUUUUAGAAGCUAAUUCUUUUUAUCCCUUUUAGAAGUAGAAUUUGCACAUGUAUUACAAUUGAGGAGUGUUACCGCUACAAUUGGUUUUUCUUCCUUCCUUCAUCCCAUUCCACUCCCCUGCGUGUUGUUUCCUCGCAAGCGUGUUGGACAUUGUCAUAUUUAUUUAUUAGUGAAGAAAGGCGUGCCAUCUUUAUUUAUAAUGAAAAGGUCUAAAGUCCAUACGAUGAAUGUAAGAACUUUCUUGGUCAUUUGAUAACUAUGUAAAAGGGAUGUACAGAGGACGGGAGUGAUGCUUAUUUUUCGCAAUAUAAAUUGUUUGUGUGAAGCUGUUCCUUCCAUGUCGUUUAUUAUCCAGCCUGGUCUUCGGUUAUGGCCAGCUUAGGUUAGAGUGAGAGAAUUAGAGCAGCAGUAAUAACUGAUGCGCGAUCCUGAUGGACCGGCGUCAUCUACUGCUGCUGUAAGGCAGAACCGUGGUCCUUUUUGAACUACUCGUUUAAAAAGCAGCCUGUUAGAUGACCUAAUUGCCUGGAAGGUCUUGUGCUUGCGUCACUGAGUGUCCAUCUCUUCUGAGUAGGAGACGAGACACCAGAAUCAGGCUUCUGUGGUUACUAAACACCUUCUUUCCCGUCUUACUCCCUUGGUCAUUCCCGGCCCCUUCACCUCAUCACUCCCCAGGACAAGCCACCUGUCAGUAUAGAAGGGUGUGUUCCUAAAGACAGGCUUUGAUCUACACAGACCACGCUGAGUGUGUGUCUCAUCAGGAGCCGAGUGCCCCCGAACUGAAGACAUUUCCAAGUCAAUUUCCCAGCCAUUUCUAAAAGAGGCGAUUGCUUUUUCAGCGGCCUUAUUCUGUGUGUGUCUUUUCCACCCUGACCUUUAUAUGAAGAUUUUAUUUGUCCCUUGCAGAGAUCAGUUUGUACUUUAUAUGAAGAUUUUAUUUGUCCCUUGCAGAGAUCAGUUUGUACUAUUUUGAUCAUGGAGUAUUUCUGAUUCUUAACUGCAACAUGCAUUGUACCCAGAAGAAUUCUUAAUGGCAACUUUUAAAUAGAGUAUGUAAAAGGGUAGUGGCUGAUAAAUCCUUGAUGUUCAUAAUGUCUUUUCACUGUUACAGUUGUAUAUAGAAACCUAAAGGAUUUUUAAGUCAUAUGCACUUUUUCAUUGCAUGCUUAAUUUCCCAAAGGCAAAAUUUGUACUGCAGUAGAUAAUUGAAGGGACUAGAUUAUAAAAUUAAGCCUUUGAAUAUGUGAAGUUCUCAUAACAACCAUAAUAGUACACACUUCACAGUGAGGCAAAUGCAAAACAUCUUGCGUGGAAAAUGGAGUGUAAAAAUUUUGCCUUUGGCACUACAGUUUCGUGUUUGUGUGUGUGUGUGUGUGUGUGUGUGUGUCUGUCAGUCUUUACUAGGAAAUGGAAGAACACUGUUUUACUUAUAAAACGUUCAAUGUUUCUGUCCUUCCUGGAGAUAAUUAAAAUGUGAAUCACUGAAUUUAAGGUUUUAGCCAGACUGAGGGCCCUGAUAAACAAUGAAAGACAUUUCCCUGAAAUUUACCAAAUUACACUGGGUUAAGAAUGUGAAAACGCUGGCCAUGUGCCGUCUAUGGUCGACGAUGGGAGGGUCCACCUGGCAUGUUAUCAGGCGUAGAGCUACUGCAGGGAUGACUUAUCUGAUGCUGAGAUUUAACCUCAAUACUGAAUGGAAAAAGCAUCUUUAACAAAAGGACCUUUAUUUUACAGUCUGUUUUGACCAAAAUGUUUAGCUAUUUCCCCAAGACAAAUUGGACCACAUUUAUCUUCCUCAUUCUGUGUCCUUUAAUUCCAAAUCUUGGGAUGUUGAGAAGCUAAGAAACUACCCUUCUGGCUAAAAACUUGCCUUAAUUGGUACCUCAAAUAUUAAUGUCAGUAGGAUGAAGAACUUACUAUUUUGUGAUCCCUGUUCAAUAAUUUUUAGAAGCAAAAAAAAAAAAAAACCAUUGUGCCCUCCAAAAUGAACAGAACUCUUUAUCGCUAAUAUAUGAAAGGAAAUGUGUGUGUGGACAUGCAUACAGAGAGUAAGAGGCUGGCUGAAUUGGAUAUAUUUAUUGUGCCUUUGUUGACCGAACCGAAUUUUGGAAAAAUGCUAUAUUCAUUUUGCCAUGGCUUUAAGAGACAUCAGGUGGCACUUGCACCUUUUUCUCUUCUGUUCUCAUAAAGUUGGAGGUGUAUUUGUGCAUUUUUUAUGUAAAUGAAUCAAAUUAGGCUCUGAUUCCUUACCUCCCACCAGAGUCUACUUUUUGCUCAAGGAUUUAUUUUCCCAGACACUACACAAAAUCUGUGAAAAACGUUGUCACUCCAUCUAUUACACACUUUACUGCCGAUCAGCAGUAUUUAAAUGUUGCUGGAAUAUUUGGCUGCCUUUUAGAAACACAAGCAUAGAUAUGUUCAUUGUGGUGGGGGCGGGUGUCAGGGCGAGAGCGGUACUUGGUCCCUUUUUCUCUUUCUCUGGUGAGUUGCCUCUUUUGUUUUUGGUUCUACUUAGAAUUUGUGGAUUUUUUUUCCCCCUAUAGUUUUCUUUUGUCAUUUUGUUGGUGGGAGGAGGUGGAGUGGCAGAGUGGUAUAGGGGAUUUUCCAACAAACGUGACAAGUGGUAUUUUUACCAUAUAAACUUCAACUAUAUUUCAAUCCCCUGUGUCAGUCACCGAAAAUCUGAGAAUGAAUUGUGACCACUGGCCAUGUUCAUUAGUUCUUAUUUAUGAGGAGUUGACAAGCACCGUCUACCACGUCUCUUAAGGUGGCUGUAAAUUUCCCACUGUCCCAGGGAAAGACAUUAUAUUCUGUUCCGUGGUGUGCUGGAUAGCAACAGGUACUGUGAUGGGUUGAGAAGUUGCCUGUAUUUCUCUGCCCAAGAGGACAGGCAGGAAACUUAGAGCCCCCUGGAGCCAAGAUAUUAUUAUUCUGUCGGCCUGAAAGGACAAGGGAGUAAGACCACUGAGGGUGGCCACCCUGUGCUGGUCAGACCAGGCAGUGGCUGACCUAAGCAAGGUAACUUGCUUUGCUCAAAAGUAGAUGUUGAAGUGAUGCUUAAUACAGGCAGUAUUACCUUCUGUUAAUUAACUUUUGUUUAAUGACAGAAGGCAGGAUCCGCCUUUUGUUCAGGCCAUUGACAUGUAUUGUUAAGACGGCACACCCCCUCCUCAGAUAUCAAGUGUACACUGUUUGUGUUGGUGUGUGUGUGUAUACACGUGUGUCCCAAAUUGUGUGUGUGUUUCUUCUGAAUGUGAUCAUGUUUUGGAUGAUACCUGAGCAGGGUUGCCUUUUUUUUUUUAAUUUAUUACCAUUAUAUAUUAUAUUAUAUAUUUUUUGCUUUCUUGUAACUUUAGAGGAAAGUCAAAUCUUGGUAUUAUUAAAAUUGUGUAAAAAAGAAUAAAUCGUCCAGUCGAUCAAUGAAGAUCACUGGUCUAUCUCUAAAAUAAUAUGAACUUUUCUUUAAUUAUUGUGUAAUAAGGUGCCAGCUAUCUAGUCCACACAGUGAUUCUGUCCGUAGGAUAGGGAAGCAGUGACAUGCCCAGUGGGAAGUUGUGCAACACAGAGAAAAGGAGGACUCUGUGUGUUUUAUCUACUUCAGCAAUGGAACUGCGACCUGGGGCUUUUGUGAAUAAAAUUUAGCUGCCUUGUAUAGUCCUUUGAAAGAGACAUACGUGAUCUGUGAGAAUUAUAGUUUUGUUUUUUUUUUUUUAGAAGAAAAAUUUGCAAAAGAUCUUUCCAAAGAUAAUGUGCCACAGAUCUUUUGUUUAUUGUUCUCUGUAAUGAGGAUUCAUUGCUGUUUAAAAAAAAAACGUGUAAUUGACUUGUUCGUCUUCAGAUUCUUUACUUUUCAUUAGAGGAUCAAGCUGUAAAAAAAAAAAAAAAAAAAAAAUUAAUAAAAAUUUAGAGAAAUCA